AUGGGUCGUAAAAACAAAAAAAAAGGAGGAAAAAACAAGCGUCAUCAGCCCCCUCUACCACCAUUAGGAGAGGAUUUUAAGUAAAAUCUUUAUCUGGAAGGUAUUAAGUAUUUAACAAUAAAAGCUUUGGAGGGCAUCAAUAAAUUAAAACUUUCAAAAGAGCUUUUCCUUUAGAAACAAGUGAAGGAAGCUUAUUUGUUAUCAAAAAGCUGGUUGGAAACUUGGAAGAUUCAUGUUGGUUAUGAUGCUGUGUUUAAAGGCGAGCAGCCAGGAGGCAAGAAAUAUGGAAGACAAUAAAUAGGAGAGAUGAAUAAGGACAUAGUUGCAAAUGCGGAAUUAUUUCAUUCUGCACCAGAAUUGUAUUUUUAUUUUGAUUCUCCAUUGAAUGAUGUCUAACCUGUAAAAGAUUACAUCCUGAUUACAUAAGAUGUUUGGGAAUUCUUUUGUGAGAAAUACAAGGGAAAAGCUGUAAAGAGGAUAGCAAACGAACAAGGGGAGUUUAAUUUGAUGAUUAUAAGUCCCUAUGUGAUUUUUAUGACUCAAGACAAGUUGAAUGAAAUUGGUGCACUUAAUUAAAAUUAGGUGACUAAUUCCUUAGAUUUGUUGAGAAUGAGGAAAGCGUAGAUGUUUAGUGAAUGGAAAUUCAGAGACUUGGAAACUUAUUGUUAAUAAAUAAUGGAGAAUCAAGAUAUUCAAAUUUGGUUAAUGAAUCCUAUAUACGAAUAAAGUCAAAUUAAACUACAAUUAAUAAAGGCAGUUCAUCAGAAUAAAAAUGUACUGUUGGGUGAACAAUUAUUAGAAGCAGAAUAUUAGCAACUGCAAUUAUCUCAGUUUUUAAAAAACCAUUUUAUAUUGGUAGUAUUUUCAAAUAAGGUUGAAAUAUCUUAAUUGGAUGUUAAAUUCGAAUUAAAUUAAAAUGGUUGUUGCUUUAAUUGUGGAUCGAAGGCUUUAUUGAAUUAUUCUUGUGCUUGCAAAAAAAAUUUCAUUCAAGACAAUGCACAAAAGCCAUAUGAUUCACAAGAUGAUGACGACUUUGAUGCAAUCACUUAUGACAAUCUAUCUACUAAAUAAGGAGUAGGAUUAACCAAUUUGGGUAAUACUUGUUAUAUGAAUUCAUCCCUAUAGAGUCUCUUUAGUGCAACUCACUUAUAGGAAUUCCUAUCAAAUAAAUAAUACUGGACCUAGAAUACUAUUAAACGCAAUGUGCAAUUAAAUUACAAAUUAGAAAAGCUAUUAAAAAAUCUCCUGACUCAAAAUAAGGCAUUCUCUCCAUAUAGUUUCAGACAGUAAUUGGCUCGAAAAUAUCCAUUCUUUGGCAAUAACUUUUAAUAGGAUGCGGCAGAAUUUAUAUUAUAUCUGUUUGAUGCAUUAAAUGAAGAGUUGAUAUAGAAGGAUGGCAAUUAGAAACCUGAAAAUGAGUUGCAGUAGUAACUAGAUUUAGGUGAUGGUGACAAACCUGAACCGGAACAAGCAAAUAGUGAUAGCGAAGAUGAUAGCAGCGAAGAACAGGAAAAUAGUGAGGCCAAGCCAGCACAAUAAUAGCAGAUGUAAUUCCAUAAAAAAUAAAUCAAUAAUGAUAAUUACGAGUAGGCCUAGGAGUUGAUCCACAAACUAAACAGCUCAUUUAUUCUUAAGAAUUAUUUAGGAAUCACUAGAUCAGAAAUUGAAUGUCCCAUUUGUGAAUAAAAAACUUAAAGUUACGAAUAGUUUUUGAUUUUGCCACUCUCUUUAAAUGCUACAUCUUAAUCUAAACAUUUAGUUGAUGUGUUCGUUAUUUCGAAUGACUGGUAUAAGCCCUAUGAAAAAAUUGUUUAUGAAUAUUAACCAAAUCAAACUCUACUAUUAGAAGUUAAAAGAGAUAUAGGAGAGAAAUUGGGAAUUGAAGCCACUUAUCUAUUAGGCGCAUUUUGUUCUAAUAGCUUAAUUGAUACAUAUUUGUUUCAUGAUGAGGAUCAUCUAUCAAAAGUACUUAAUGAUAAUUAAAAUGGUUAUUUUUGUUUAUUCUAAUUGGAUUAGAGCAUUUAUUCGAUAACUGAUGAAGAUUAAUAUUUUGAUGUGAUGAUCUACUCAUUUGAAAAGAGGAAUGCCUUCUCCUAUCAAUGCGAGUACAUAUGUGCAGCCAUUCCCAAGAUUCUAAUAAUCAAGAAAUAGUUUACUGCAGUUUAAAUUUAUCAAUAAGUUUGGAAUAAACUUGGCGAACAUUCCAAAUCAGAUUAACUUAUGAAUAUCUAAAUUGAUGAGCCUUAAUAAGAGAACCUUUUAAAUUCAUAAUAGCUCAAAGAAAUCUUAAAUUACUAGGUUAUCAUUCAAACUAGAUUACCAUCUAAGAUUCCUUGCCCAUUUAUAUGUGGCAAACAAUUUAAGAAAGAUCAGAAACCGCAUAGUUGUGAAUUGCCUUUCAAUAACUCAACCACAUUGCAUCAAUAUUUAGAGAAAAUUAAUUAUGCCAAUGCCCAUACUUCAUUAUCAAUAGAAUUCUUAGAAAAUGCAAUCCCAAAUACCUUAAGAAUAGAAUUUGAACCCAAAACAAACUACCAAAAACAUGAUAAAUCAUUAAAUGUAUUAAAUCUGAUCGACAAUUUCCAAUCUAAAGAACCAUUAAUGGAUGAAAAUGCCUAUCAUUGUACAAUUUGCAACGAUCUAACCUUUGCUAUCAAAACAAUGAGCUUACAAAAACUACCUGAUUAAUUAAUCAUACAACUCAAAAGAUUUUAAUAUGAUGAACAUAAGGGAUUCUAGAAAAACAAUAUUCUAGUCACAUAUCCAGAAGACAUUUAAAUAAAUUAAAUAGAUUAUGAGUUAUAUGGUGUCGUGUUACAUUUUGGUGGAUUAGACAAUGGUCAUUAUAUUGCGUAUGGCAGAAGACAAAAAAAAUGGAUUGAAUUCAAUGAUGAUACAACUAAAGAAGUAAAAUAGAAUGAUGUAAUCAACGACAAGAAUGCAUACAUUCUAUUUUAUUAACAGAAAUGA